ACGAAGUAGGCACCUGGCUUGUAGUUGAUGAUGCGCUACUACCAGUAUAUGAUAUCGGGGUAGGUGUUGUAAUAAUUACUGAAGCUGGAGUAAUGUUAACUGGAGUGCUGUCACUGGACUACACUGGACAUAUUCCAGUGCUGCGCCACUGGACUGCUGGACAUAGUAAUUUAAUAAGUCCAAUAUGGUCCAGUCCAGUGCCUUUAGCCACUGGACAUAGUAAAA